GUGAAACAUUUUUGUUUCACAAUUGAGAGACUCAAAAGUUUAGAGGGCACACGCAUCAACCCUCUCUUUUGUUUGCUUUCUUUCCACCAGUACUUUACUACUCCUGAUUAUUAAUCCCCUGAGUUGAGCGACCUUCCCCUAUUUUUAUAUACUCCAAAAUACACAAAUAAAUAAAUAAAUAAAUAAAUAUUCCGGUUUCUUCAUCCUUUCCACCAAGCUCACUGAUUCCUUUUACUCAUUCAUUUUCAGAUUGACUUGAAGAAAUAAGGAUAGAUAUUUCAAAUUAAGGACUUGAGUAACUGAUGAUGUCUUCGACCUUGUUAGGCGUCGAAGCGGGCGGGAAAGGGAAUGUGUCUAGUUUACAAAAGAUUACGAUGAUGGCUGAAAGAAAUUACUUAGGGUUGUCGGAUUGUUCGUCUGUGGAUAGUUCGAAUGUGUCUAAUAUAUCGGAAGUGAACAAGAAUAGUCUAAACCUUAAGGAGACUGAACUAAGGCUUGGUCUUCCGGGGUCUCAAUCACCCGAGAGGGAUCCAGAAAGUAGCUUAACGAGCUCUGAUAAACUAGAUGAGAAACGCUUGUUUCCUUUGCUUCCUUACGUUGUUUCUGGGCAUAAAAGGGCGUUUACUGAUGCUAUGGAUAGUUGCUCGGAAGUUAAGGGGGUAACUGAAGGGAAUUGGAGGUUUGAUGCUUCUGGGGUUGAAUCUGAUGCUUCAAAGUUAAUAGGUCAAGGGAAGUUUUCUAGUAAUUUGAAUGUAAAUGGAAAUGGGAAGAUAUUGUCGGAGGCUCAGCCUGCCGUGAUGAAAGUGGCGCUCUCAAAAAUGGCGCAGGAAAGACCUUGUAGUGGAAGUAAUCUUAACAAAGUAAAUAGCUCCAAUCCUCCGUCUGCAAAAGCACAGGUGGUUGGUUGGCCUCCGGUUAGAUCAUUUAGGAAGAACAUGCUGGCUACAAGCUCAAAGAACAAUGAUGAAGUAGAUGGGAAGCCUGGUCCUGGUGCAUUAUUUGUGAAGGUUAGCAUGGAUGGUGCUCCAUAUUUGAGGAAGGUUGAUUUGAGAGGUUACUCUACUUAUCGAGAACUUUCUUCUGCUCUCGAGAAGAUGUUUACAUGUUUCACUAUCGGUCAGUGUGGAUCUCAGGGAGCUCCGGGGAGGGAAAGUCUUAGUGAGAGCAAACUGAGAGAUCUUUUGCAUGGGUCAGAGUAUGUUCUUACGUAUGAAGAUAAGGAUGGUGACUGGAUGCUUGUGGGAGAUGUUCCAUGGGAUAUGUUUAUUGGUUCAUGCAAGAGGCUGAAGAUCAUGAAGGGCUCUGAUGCUAUUGGUUUAGCUCCCAGGGCCACCGAAAAAUCAAAGAACAGAACUUAAUUUUUGAAGACUGCUCGGUCCUGCUCAUGGUUGGAACGCAAAUGAGUAGUUUUGGUUCGGAAGCUGUGGAGGAAACGGGCUCGGGCUCGGG